AUGGAUUUUGCAGCACUGAUUCAGGGCGAAAUCUCCAAGAAGAAAGCUGGAACGGGAGUGGCAGACUACGGCUGUAAGGCAGCGGCUCCCAAGCCCGCCCAGACGACAGUUUCCGACAACUCAGACGACCUCAAGCGCCUGGAACGGCUGAAGCAGAUGAAGCGACAGAGAGAACUUGACCGGGAAGAAGAGCGACUUGAGCGAGAAGAGGCCAAGAGAGCCAAGCAGGAAUCUUUGGCCAAAGCACCAGCUUCCACAACAUCUACCGUAUCGACAGAGCAUGAUGUGGCAACAUCGGAACCAAUAGAGACAGUGGAAGAAAUGGCUGCCAAUGACGCGAGAACAAACGUGCGAAUCGACUGGAGUGACGUAGCCACAAAGAAGGAUGCCACAAGGGAUUCGGAGACCAAGAAAAAGCUCGCCAUGCAGCUGAGAGUGUUUCUGGCACGGUUAUUGAGUGAAUGGGAGGGUACUUUGGAUAAGGGAGCUGCAGCCCAGGCCAGUGGAGCGGCCGAAGAGGUCUCCGAGGCAGCAAACGCUUACAAGCGACACACUAUCUUCGAAGAAACGCAGACCUCUCUAUCUUCUCUCAUGGUCUUAUUACGACACAAUGGUCUCCAAGACGAAGUUCUGGCUAUGCUUUCAAAGGUCAUGUACCAUGUGCAACAUGAGGAACACCACCAGGCCUAUGAUGUCUAUCUUAAAUUGUGCAUUGGAAACGCCUGUUGGCCCGUUGGAGUGGCUUCCAUUGGCAUUCACGCUAGAGCGUCUCAGAACAAGACUAUUGCUUCAGCCCGAAACUCGAAGCAGGUGGCACACAUUGUCAAUGAUGAUACGAGGCAGUGGCUUGUGUGCAUUAAACGGCUAUUGACCUUUGCUGAGGGCUACGAGAGUUGUGUGAGAAAGGCUUUGUUGACUGUUGUGGAUAUGGAGGAUCGGGGGAACCGAGUCAACGAACCGCGAGGAAGGGAUGUCAAGGGGACAGUCCUGGAGGAGGCUGGGGUUGAUGGCAAUUCCGAGACUGACCAGAAUGCUGAGGUUGAACAGAAGGAAGCCUCUGAGUAA